AUGACUUUGCGGGAAAUUAUCGCGGCAUGCGAGAAAACGUUUUGUGGCAGCCUGGGGGUCGAGUACCUCCACGUCCCGGACAGGGCAAAAAGAGAGUGGCUACGGGAAAGACUUGAGGUUUCGCAGCCAUUUCAAUUCACACGCGAUGAGAAGCUGCGCAUUCUCGACGGUCUCAUUGGCGCGUCGUCAUUUGAACGCUUCGUGGCAGUCAAGUUCCCGCAUGACAAGCGAUACGGAUUGGACGGCGCGGAAGGUCUGGCUCCCGCAGUGCAAGCUGUUCUCGAUCGCUCCGCCGACACCUAUGGAAUUGAGGAAGUCAUCAUGGGCAGUUGCCAUCGUGGUCGACUCACCAUGCUUGCGGCUGUGUACGGCAAGCCGGCCGAGCAUUUGUUCGAGGCAUUUGCCGGAGUGAGAACAGACAUUCUGCCCGGAAUGGCCGGGGAUGUGAAGGUCCACAUCGGCCAUGAAGGGGGGCACUUGACUGUUCAAGGAAACCGAGUCGGGCUUUCGGUGCUGGCCAACCCGUCUCACCUGGAGGCCGUGGACCCGGUCGCCACGGGAAAGGCCUUUGCGAAGCAGCACCUGGCAGGUGACGCAGGUCAAGAUCGCGUCAUGUGCCUGGCCCUACACGGAGACGCCGCCUUUGCUGGACAGGGAAUGGUAUACGAGACGCUGGGCCUUUCUCGACUUGCCGACUACGACGUCGGCGGAACAGUGAGACUAAUCAUCAACAACCAAGUCGGGUUCACGACGGAUGCUCACUGUGCGCGUUCAACCUCCUACGCAUCCGAUCUGGCCAAGUUUGUCAACGCGCCGAUCCUGCACGUCAACGCAGAUGACGUCGAGUCUGUUGUGUUUGCCUGCCGACUCGCCGCCGACUGGCGAGCCAAGUUCAAGUCGGACAUUGUCGUCGACUUGGUCUGUUACCGCAAAUACGGCCACAAUGAGUUUGAUCAGCCUAGCUUCACCCAGCCAUUGAUGUACCAAAAGGUGGCGACGCAAACCGCGCCUCUUGAGCAGUAUGUCGACAAGCUCACGAGCGAGGGGACAUUUACUCGCCAGGAGAUUGAUGACCGACUAAAUAAGGAAUGGGGUCGGCUGCAACGUGCGUUUGACUCGAGUAAAGAGUUUGUCGCCAACCAUCCAGAAGUGCCCGUCGCGCUGCCAAUUGUGGCUCCAACACACUCAGAGCCGGAGCCAUCGACGGCUGUAGAGCAACAAGUUCUGAAUGCAAUCAUGGAAAAGACCACCACCGUCCCGGAUGGCUUCGAGCCCCACGCCGGCCUCCAGCGAGCACUUUCGGGGAGGCAAAAGCACUUCGAACAGGGCAUCGUAGAUUGGUCAACAGCGGAGGCAUUGGCGUUUGGAAGCCUGGUCCUCGAAGGACACCCGGUGCGUGUGGCCGGCCAGGAUGUGCAGCGCGGAACCUUUUCUCAGCGACACGCCGUGUGGCACGACCAAGUGACGGGCAAGUCACUGACACCGCUUGCUCAUAUGGGUGACACGCAAGCCCGGUUCGACAUUGCCAACUCACCGCUGGGGGAACUUGCCGCUCUGGGUUUCGAGUACGGCAUAACCCUCGCGCAUCCACAGUCGCUCGUCAUGUGGGAAGCACAGUUCGGCGAUUUUGCGAACAACGCGCAGGUCAUCAUCGACAACUUUCUCACCUCUGGGGAGAGCAAGUGGCAGUAUGAGUCGGGACUGGUGCUGUCGCUGCCGCAUGGCCAUGAUGGCCAGGGAUCGGAGCACUCGUCCGCACGUAUCGAGCGAUUCUUGAUGCUCGGCAACGAUGAGGGAAGAUUUUGGCCCAGUGACCUGGCCGCUCCACACCAGAACGCCAAUAUCGAUGUGGUGUACAUGACUACGCCGGCGAACUACUUCCACAUCCUGCGUCGGCAAGGGCGCAGGGCACACAAGAGACCGCUAGUCAUGUUUUUCUCCAAAUCCUUGCUUCGACAUCCGCAGAACCGGUCCGACGUCUCCCAGCUCACGGGGACCUCGGCGUUCACCCCAGUCCUCUGCGACCCAGAGCAUGGCAAGUCAAUUGUCGCGCCGGAUUCAAUUUCGCGAGUCGUUUUCUGCACAGGUCAGAUCUACUUCGCUCUGUGCAAGCGUCGCGAAGCUCUUGGCCUUCGAGACGUCGCAAUCACGCGGCUGGAACAACUCCACCCGUUCCCCUGGGCGGAAGUCAAGGAGAACUUGCAGAAGUAUCCCAGCGCAAAGACUUUUGUCUGGGCUCAGGAAGAGCAUCAUAAUGGUGGCGCAUGGCACUUUAUGUGGGAUCGCCUGGACAAUGUGCUGCGUGAGACUGGGCAGUACAGUUCCAAUGGGGUGUUGUAUGCGGGACGUGGGCCAAGUGCCAGUACUGCGGCGGGCCUGAAGAGCCUCCAUGACGCAGAGGAAGAUGCUCUGCUGAAUGAAGCAUUCACAGUACAGAACUAA